AUGUACACUUUCGUGCUCGCUGUCGCGCUGGCGCUCACGCGGCACGUUCAAGCGCACGGCGAUCAUGGCCACUUCCAAGAGCCAAUUGCCGUUCCAGCAGGCGCAGACUGGGUAACUCGACACAUGGCCGAGGAGCACCUGAUCCAAUACUUUGACGCCGGGUCCUUCUUCACUCUGCACGACUUCGACAACACCAACGAGUGGACCCGCGACGACCUCAUGAAGACCUACGGCCUCUUCGACGUCAGCACAAACCACAUCUCCGAGGCGGACAAACACGCCGCCAUCGACCGCAUCAUCACCGACUUCGACCGCGACGGCAGCCGCACCAUCUCCUUCGCCGAGUACACUAUCGGCGUCGGCCGCGGCCUCUCCCUGCCGGAUCUUGGCUGGGGACCGGGACACCACGGCGACGACGAGUACGAGUACGAAAUCCAUCACUUCGAGAAGUUCCACGGUCCGGACGCCACCUUGGAGGAUCUGACGCAUCCCGAGGAUAUUGCGCACUUCAAAAUGCACGAUUUGAUGGACGAGCAGGCGGAGAGGCAGGAGCGCUUGGACGCGAUGCCGAUCGUGGUGGAGAAUAUCCCAGCCAAGUUCCGGAGGCAAUGA